CGGACACCUGACUGGAGCUGCCGAUCACGAUGCUGGCGUCUAGAGCCCUCCGCUGCAUUGUGCAGAGAGGUUAUGUGACUGGCUGUCAAAGAGUUUUCUCUCCACCAAUCAAUCAUAUCUUCUUACACAGGCAGUUGAGCAUUCAACAAAGGAGAUGUUUCUUUUUGCGGAGACAAAGAAGCACUGCUUAUAGUAUAGUUUGGCCAGGUACAGUUUCCCCAGCUCAUCCAGUUCCCGAGCACAUAAUGAAGCCAGACUAUGUGACGACAGGCAUUGUGCCUGAAUGGGGAGACUUCAUUGAAAUUAAGGACGAAGAUCAGAUUGAAGGGCUUCGUCAGGCUUGUCAGCUAGCUCGUCACGUUUUACUUAUGACUGGAAAAAUCUUAAAGGUUGGCAUGACAACAGAGGAAAUAGAUGCAUUUGUACAUGAGAACAUUAUCAGUCGGAAUGCUUAUCCAUCUCCAUUAGGUUAUGGAGGGUUCCCCAAGUCAGUGUGCACUUCAGUGAAUAAUGUGGUCUGCCAUGGAAUUCCGGACAGCCGACCUCUUGAGGAUGGAGACAUUAUCAACAUAGACGUCACUGUGUAUAGUGGCGGAUACCAUGGGGACACAUCGGAAACAUUUCUUGUUGGGAACGUGGAUGAGAACGGGCAGAAGUUAGUGGAGACUGCCCGGAGAUGCAGGGACGAAGCAAUUGCAGCCUGCAAGCCAGGAGCUCCUUUCUCUGUUAUCGGAAACACAAUCAGCCACAUUGCUGAAGAGAACAAUUUGCAAGUCUGUCCCCAAUUUAUUGGCCAUGGAAUUGGGUCAUAUUUUCACGGGCACCCUGAAAUUUGGCACCAUGCAAAUGUUAAUCAUAUGGAAAUGGAAGAAGGGAUGGCAUUUACCAUAGAACCCAUUAUAGUAGAAGGAUCUCCUGAAUUUAAGAUCCUCAAGGACAAAUGGACAGCACUGUCACUGGACAAUAAAAGAUCAGCCCAGUUUGAGCAUACCAUCGUAAUUACAUCUGUAGGCGCUGAAAUCCUGACCAAAGUACCAGAAGAAGGCUAAGGAAAAUCUCUGUGCAUUUAUACAAGGCUUGUUUAAUAAGAGCAACUGUGAUU